AUGUCGAGUGAUGUCAUUAUGGUGAUGGCUUCAUCCCAUGCCAGUGGAGAUACUAACAGCCGAAUCAGCCUGAACCUGUCAUACCUGUAUCAUGGGGUGCAAUUGGACGAAUCUCCGCGCCAAAAGGAGGAUACGACAUGGAUCAGCACCAAUGAAACACUGACCCUCGACUUUGAUGAACGGGCGGCUGCGGGGCACGCGACCGAGGCAUCGCCCGCCAACUCGCCCCGCCCGUUGAGAACCACCGGCCGCGAUUAUACGCGCAAGCUACCCCGACCAGUGCUGGCCUACAUCUUUGCCCUUACUUGUCCACACACCCUCGAUGAGUCCUACGAUACCUCCGAGGAGUCUAUGAGCGAUGGCUGCAUGCUCUGUGACAUGCGUGAUCUUGCGCAUUGUGCUCAGGUCUGUAAGCGGUGGUUCAUCGAGGCCCGCGCGCUGCUUUAUACCCAUGUCCGUAUCGAUCCUGUCCACUACUGUGAACUCGAAGUUCAACUCGCCGCCAGGCGAAAGCGUCGCUCUUUCUUUGAUCGCAAUGGCGACCCUAUCGAUGCCCCUCAGGUCCGCCUGGAACUCUUCAUGCGCACCGUCCGAGAAGACCAGAAACUGGCCAAUAUGGUCCUGUCCCUCCGGAUGCCAUACAUGACCCGAGAAGCCAACAAGGCGAACAUCGCCCGGACGAUCUCCGUGCUCCACAACAUUCGCUUCGUCGAUCUGCCGUCCGGCCUGUUCAGCGAUGAACCUUCGUGUACCGCGUUGAAGCAGGAAUUGAUCGUCCAGUGUCCUGAUCUCCGUCGUACUAGCUAUCGACAUGGAUCGGAGGGGAGCUUCGCCCGACUACCAGGCGCACAACUCUGGACCAACCUGGAGAAACUGGAGUUAUCCGGCCUACAGAUCGAAGCCGGCAUCCUACGCAAUGGGUUGGCCUCGUUCUCACGUCUGCGGGACCUGACUCUGGACGACCUCCCUUGGCUUGAUGAUACGGCAUUCGUCAUGAGACCUCCUCACCCACCUAUUCCCCCGCUCUUGCAUUUAACUAUUCGAGAUACCCCGAACUCUCUGACUAUCGCUUCCACCGGCGUCCUUCCCUCCACAAUUCAUCAGAUUCUCUCCACCGCUCCAAGACUCACAAGUCUCUCCAUCAUCCAGGAAGUCCACCGGUCCUUCCCGGCAGAGCAGAUCCCCCAAUUGACUUCCAAGUCCCUGCGUCUACUUCACUACGAGAUCACCUCUGAAACCGAGACACACGGACUACCCCCAGUCGCAACCUCGUAUUACACUUACCUCAUAUCAUCCCUUAUGUCUCGCUCUCUUCCGGCUCUACGCGAUCUCUACGUGCGGGAUGCCAAUUUCCCCGACACACUUCUGCUAGCCCCACCACCCAGGAUCUUCGGUGGAGGCGGCGGGAACGGACCGCAGCCGAGAAACCGAGGACUGACACAACCCCUGAAUGUAUAUAGUAAAGGUCUCGACGAAUUGGAGUGGAACUUCACUCCGUACGACCCCGGCGUCCUACCUGGACGAGGCGGCGCAAAUACCCGUCCGGUCAGUUUCCACGAAGCACAGCUGAACCGCUCCUGGGGCGGCGAGUCGCGCAAGAGCGUGCUGGUAGGUAAUGGCUUUGGCGGGUUCCUGGCUGUGCCGGCGGAUGAGGAUGAGCGUCCGAAGAGUAGUGGAGGAUAUAAGCGAUCGAGCAAGGUGGAUAUAUGGCGAUGA